AUGAACAAGUCAAGCGAUGAUGGAGUAAGGGAGAACAACGUUGAUCCCAGCCAUCAAAACUCAAGCUGGACAGAAUGGAUCAUUUCUCCAGUAAACGGCCUUAAAUUACCUGGAAACAAUGAACUCUUGGAGUCACGAUCAGGAAAUGUGGAAUCGAGAGGUUCGGUUUCUGAUAGUUGGCUUCAAAAUGUACGCAACAGAUUGCCCUCCUUAUCAUUUUUACAAGAGCAGGAGGCUGUUGACAUGAAUAAUUUAACUGAUUAUGCCACCCUUAGCAGCAAGCAGAUUCACUUCUUAGAAGCGGAGGCCCAACAGGGAAUCAUGAAGAAGGCUGAUACCUGGUGCUGGUUUGAAGAUCCUACAGAAAUCCCAGAAGAGAAAGUAACAGCUCCCCAUUCUGGAGAGCUCAGUGUCGCCAAUACGGGAUCGGCCAUGUGUCCUCUUCCCUUGGUAAAAUUUCCGAUCUCAAUGGAACCUCAACCCGGUUUUCACGCUGAAAAUUCAUUACUGUUACCUACACCCUUUCCACAGGAGAUAUAUCAUGAAAGAACUGUACUUAACAAAGUUUCGAUUGCUUUCAAAAACUACUAUAAUUUUAAGAGUGAGAAGCACACUUAUUCAAAUGGCAAAUCUCUAAGCGAUAAACUGGAGGGCAGGAAAGCCGUGAUUAUUUCUGUUGUAGGAGGUUUACCAGAUAAGUACGCUGGGGGAAACAUACAGUUCUCUGCAAGACAAUUUUCAAUAAAACUUGCUUCCGUAUUGAAGGAACAGCUGGUCUCAAAAGUACUAACUUUUUCACUCGAAACACCAUUGGAUCAAAAAUCAUUAGAAGUAUGUUUGGACGAAUGUAUUCAGUUGCUUGCCAAUGGUCAGUCACAUUUUUUCAAUGCCGACUAUAUCCUUUUGAUUGGCGUUUAUCAUAGCGUUCCUCUUCAAAUAUUGCUCGCCAAACAUCUUUUAGAAAACACUCAUAAUUUUGGCUUGAGUGGCGAGCCCACCAUUGGAAUUAUGGGCUUGGACUCAUGCUUAGGUGGCUACCAAUUUUGGGAUUAUAAUGUAGAUUCUAACUCUGAAGUGAACAGUGCUAAUUACCAAGCUCAAAGAGAAAAAGCUUUACUGCAAGGGUGCUCACGAAUACAACAGGAUAUUCUUUCCCAGCUGUCGCAAUACAAAGACUCCAUGUCCGCAAAAUCGCAGCAAAUCAGAAUGGCACUCAAUUGGAUGUUUUUGCAUCAUCCACGAACUAAGCUGGUAUUGAUCGGCCGACUUUAUGACAACUUCAUGACGAUAGCUGAGAAACUCGCUAUUUCCUUACAGCAUCCAAACAUCCUACGACAUAUAUGGUGCGCUGGCUCUAGUUUAGGCUUAGACCUCAAGAAAAGUGCAACAUUCUUAUCCACUGAUAAAGUCAUGUCACCAGGUCCUCUAUAUUAUCAGGAAGAAGUGGCUGUUCCACAAGAAAGGGAGUUUGAAGUUUGUCUUCUUCAAAAUAUAAUAAUGGCUAUAAACUUAGGUCAUUAUGAAUUGGUCCCAAUGUUGAGGCUGAUUAGUCCGUUCUUUAUUUCACGGUCCUUUAACAAACAUACUUUACCGCCAACUCUAAAAAAGCAACAGCAAUACGAACUUAAGGCCUGGAUUCAGGAUAUGGAGCAGCGAUGGAAGAGCGUAAAUCCGACCAAAGAUGGCUCGAUUCCUGCUGAAAUAAAAAAUAUCAGCGACUUUUUUGAAUUAGUGCUAUACCAGGGCAACAAGCAAUCGCCAGGUCCUUUCCAGCUGAAAGGGGGAAUCUAUGAUGAUCAUCAAAUAUACUGGGCUUUUGCAUGUGAUACAUUACAGACAACAAAUCUCUUGGAGCCGCGAGCUGUCUACUUGUGCGAUGAUACCACCAUUCCCAUACACAUUGUGAACAACCAGAAUCAGUAUGAUUUGGUAUGGAAGCUACAUGACUUUCUCUCUUAUUUUGCAAAGAUAAAAAACCUUCCUGCUACGAGGAAGGCCACCCUGCAAUUUUCCCUAGUGGAUUAUGGUUUUAUUCCGCCGUUUCAAUUUCCAGAAGAAGUACAGUUCCAGAAAAAAGGUGAAGAUGCUCUCAACAGAGUCAGUGAUAUUUGGGAGUGCUACCAUCGUUGGAAACCUCCCACAAGAAAGUUAAAGCAGCUUCAAUGCAUUUUAAGCUUUCUGUCACUUUACAGAUCGGGCCAGCAAUUGCAGAUUGAUCUACAUCGUGUUAAAUGA